UCUCAUAUAAGUAAUAUUGUUGGGUCCCAUAUAAGAAAUACUGUUGAGUCCCAUAUAAGAAGUAUUAUAAGAAAUAUUGUUGGGUCCUAUAUUAGAAGUAUUGUUGGGUCCCAUAUACGAAACAUUGUUGGGUCCCAUGUAUAAUAAGCAUUGUAAGAAAUAUUGUCAGGUACCAUAUAAGAAAUAUUGUUGGGUCCUAUAAGAAGUAUUGCUGGGUCCCAUUUUAGAAACGGGUUUUUUACCUUCUAUAACAGACGCCGAACUAGGCUGUUUGUUUCCCCUUUCUGGUCAAAAAAAUUCCACCUAAAAAAAAAUAUAUAUUUAUUUUUAGCUCCAUCUGGCCAGCGGGGCUUAUGUCAUGGUCCUGUGUCCGUCGUGUGUCCAUGCGUGCGUUAACUUUUUCUUUAAACAUCUUCUUCUUCUUCUUUUUACAGUUUUGAGCACGAACAGUCCGUUUUUCACGAUUUAAAACGGCCGUUUUUGUAAAUAUUCACGGACAUGAAAGGAUUGUGAAUUGGCCGUGUCAAAAUUGUGAAAUGUCCGUCCAUGGCCAAUCGCAAAGAAGGAAAAAAAGCCCUGAAUCCACAACGAAUACAAUGACACAAUACAACAUAAAGCUAAUUAUGGCAUGUUCACAGACAUUCAAAUAUUUUGCAGAAAUGCAUUUGCCGUUGUUAUACAUUUUUAUACACGUAUAAUAUGUACGUAAAAACGACACCCUUCUAUUACUCAUCAUAUUAAGGGUUGCGGCAUGUGGAUAUUGUCUUUAACAUCUUGAAUGGCAAAAAGGGAUUUUUGUCCGUUAAAUGAAGGAUUUUUUGGCUGUUUUAAAGAAUUUGAAGUAUUAUAAAAUUGUUUAUAAGUUUUUGUCACAGUGUAUAUGGGUUCCUCUACCCCUCCAGUGCACAUAUUACUCCUCGUCAAAUUUUUCUUGGUCAUACGUGCACUGUUUGGGUAGAGGAACCAAUAUACACUGUAAACAAAAAACUAUAACUUAUGAUAUACAUAACAGCAAAACUUCAGUUGUAAUGUCCAAUAUACUUUUCUGUAGAUUUCAGUAAGACCCACCAAUGGAUAAUAAUAUCAAGGCCCAACUGUUGACUAUAUACUUAUAUAUAUGUGGCGCGUUUCUGAAAAAGGCCCCUUUUGUGUGAACGUCAAAUAACGGAGAAAUGACGUUGUGAAGAUAUGCAUUAUUUUCCGACGUUUAAAAAUUAUUUUAGACAAACAUCACACAAAUUUAAUCACUAUGCUAAUUCAUUUAAUUUAGAACGUGUAACAAUACAAAUUGGCCAUAUUACAUGUAUAGUAGUAAACAACGGACAAAACUUCUUGCAAAAUUAUAUCGUCAAAAUAGUUGCAUUGAUAUAAAAACAUUUUUAGAGUUCACACAGCAUCUCUUCAAAAUUAUAGGUUUGAACAAGUUUUCAUUUGAUCAUAUAAAACGUGUACAUUAUCUGAAUAGGAAAAGAACGAACUUUAAGAACAUUUUAAAAACUCAAUUUAUUUUUGUCACAUUCAUAUGGCCUUUUUUUCUGAACCAUGUCACGUAAACAUAAUAGCAAAACCUUCUGUUAUCCAAGCCAAUAUAUAUUUUCUAUAGAUUUCAGCAAGACCCACCAAUGGAUAAUAGACAUACAAGACCCCACUGUUGACAUUAUAUGUUUACAGUCAUUGAGGCAACUGUUGAAGACACCCACAGUCUAGAAUCUAUACAGGAGUCAGAGCCUCUCAUGAUACAACAUGCCAGUGUUGACUGUGCUGAUCAUAUGCAAUCUACAGGUUUCACUUUGGUUCUUUCAGAGUCCAUGUCAACUGCUGACAGUGAAGAGCCAGGCAGUCUGACCCAUGAUAGGAGGGAGCCAAGUGAAGAGCCAGCCAGUCUGACCCAUGAUAGGAGGGAGCCAAGUGAAGAGCCAGCCAGUCUGACCCAUGAGUCCAUGUCAACUGCUGACAGUGAAGAGCCAGGCAGUCUGACCCAUGAUAGGAGGGAGCCAAGUGAAGAGCCAGCCAGUCUGACCCAUGAUAGAAGGGAGCCAAGUGAAGAGCCAGCCAGUCUGACCCAUGAGUCCAUGUCAACUGCUGACAGUGAAGAGCCAGGCAGUGUGACCCAUGAUAGGAGGGAGCCAAGUGAAGAGCCAGCCAGUCUGAGCCAUGAUAGAAGGGAGCCAAAUCCUCAAGAGUCCAUGUCAACUGCUGACAGUGAAGAGCCAGGCAGUCUGACCCAUGAUAGGAGGGAGCCAAGUGAAGAGCCAGCCAGUCUGAGCCAUGAUAGGAGGAAGCCAAGUGAAGAGCCAGCCAGUCUGACCCAUGAGUCCAUGUCAACUGCUGACAGUGAAGAGCCAGGCAGUCUGACCCAUGAUAGGAGGGAGCCAAGUGAAGAGCCAGCCAGUCUGACCCAUGAUAGGAGGGAGCCAAGUGAAGAGCCAGCCAGUCUGACCCAUGAGUCCAUGUCAACUGCUGCCAGUGAAGGGCCAGCCAGUCUGACCCAUGAUGAAAUGAGGCAGCCAAAUCCUCAAGGUAUGAACUAAAUUUGAAGACGGGUUUCUCUGCAUUUUCUAUCAUUAUGUGACAGAGUCUUAUGUCAUGACUGUAUUAAAGUAAAUGAGUAGUCCAAGUCAAGUGUGAUGCUCUAGACGACCUCCUCUGUGAUCUACAGGGUUAC